ACAUACUCUUCAAAUCCCAUUUUGAAAUUUUAAAUUAUUUUGCAGGUCUUGUUGAAACUGAUCCAGAGGGUGCAUUAUCUGGUUUUGCUGAAGUUGUGCGUAUGGAGCCUGAAAAAGCAGAGUGGGGGUUCAAAGCUCUAAAGCAAACUGUUAAGCUUUAUUAUCGACUUGGGAAGUAUAAGGAGAUGAUGGAAUCCUAUAGGGAAAUGCUGACCUACAUCAAAUCAGCUGUCACACGCAACUACAGUGAAAAAUGUAUUAACAACAUCAUGGAUUUUGUCUCCGGACCAGCAGGUCAGAAUUUUGGUCUUCUGCAGGAGUUUUACCAGACAACACUAAAGGCACUUGAAGAGGCGAAGAAUGAGAGGCUAUGGUUUAAAACUAACCUGAAACUAUGCAAAAUUUGGUUUGAUGUUGGUGAAUAUGGUAAAAUGAACAAGAUACUGAAAGAACUCCACAAAUCUUGUCAAAGAGAAGAUGGCACUGAUGAUCAUAAAAAGGGUACUCAACUAUUGGAGGUGUAUGCUAUUGAGAUUCAAAUGUAUACAGAGACAAAAAACAACAAGAAAUUGAAGGUGUGA